GUAUAAUCUUACUUACAUGUUAACACAUGAACAUUCAUUACAUUAUAUAUGCUUCAAAGCCUCCUUUGACAGUUGUAUCUUUUUGCCUUUAAAGAUAAAAACCUCUUUCUCAAAAAAAUAAAAACGAAACCUUUUUUUUCUUUCCCUUCUCUUCUUUCUCCUUCAAGGUAGCCUCCAAGCGAAACACCGAGUAACCUAAUCUGUUGUCUGCUCAUAACUUCACAAGAAGCUAUAACUUGUCCUUAAUAUUGGCUUCUUCUUGUUCCAUUUCUUAUUUUCCUCUUCCUUUCAAACACAGAGAAAAUCGUUAAAACAAGAACAGAGUAAAAAGACGAAGACAUUGUUAAUUGCAAAAACAGAGUAUGAAGAAAAUCUUGAGUUUGUGAAACUUUUUCUAGUUGUCCUUUUUGAGAUAAGAGUUAAGAAGAAGAGAUGUCUGCAAAACUUCUGUAUAACUUGUCAGAUGAGAACCCAAACCUGAAUAAACAGUUUGGAUGCAUGAAUGGGAUCUUUCAAGUGUUUUACCGGCAACAUUAUCCGGCGAGACCAGCCGCCGUCUCCGGCGAUGUAGAAAAGUCUUCGACUCUAGGAGAAGGAAAAGAUCUUGUCGGUGAAAUUAACAUGGAAAGUGAUAAAGAAACGGAGAGAAGUACCAAGAAGAAGAAGAAGUCUGCAAUAAAGGAAAAGCAUAGAGUCUCUUCCGAAUCCUCUUCAAGGCCUUCGUUUUCAUCUUCCCCACGCUCCUCCAGCUUCUCGUCUGCAGACGUCAGUACCACAGCUUCUCAAUAUGACCAGCCUGGUGAGAAUCUGAUCAGAGAACAGCCCCACGGUGGCCUGAUGUUGCUGUAUGAUCUGAAGGAGCUUGUGAAAGGCUCUAUUAACAGAGAGAUGAGAAGCAGAGGUGACGAAGCAGCAGCCUCCACUCAGCAGCAGCCGAAUUCAGCUAGAACUAGCAUGUCGCUUCUCAAAGAAUCAUCAUUGCGUUCGCCAUCUCGGAGCUGUAAUGAGGGAAGAGGAAUGGCCGCGAAGUUUAAGGAAAGUCAUCGGCUUUCUUAUGAUGAGAGGGAGACGAGGAACAACGGAUACAAGACGGGCCCGAAGUUGAAAGAGACACCGAGGUUGUCAUUGGAUAGUAGAUCCAAUUCCUCUAAGAGUCCCAGAGCUGAUGCCGGGAGAUCAAGUUGUUCACCGGAGGAACCAGCAACAAUGAUUCACAGAAGAUCGAGUUCGAGUGUCGUUGCCAAACUGAUGGGUCUUGAAGUCACUGCAGACAAUUUUGAUACCGAGCAGAGAAAAGAAAACCGGUUUUGCGACUCCCCAAGGCCAAUGUCCAGAGUGGAACCAACAGCUCUACAGAGGUCUAGAAGCGUUGAUUCGAUCAAGAAGAUACCUGCCUCAGCUGCUUCUAAGUUUCCCAUGGAACCUGCUCCAUGGAAGCAAAUGAAAGCAGGCGAAGCUGCACUGACGGUUUACGGAGAAAUUCAGAAGCGGCUUACGCAGUUGGAGUUCACAAAGUCGGGAAAAGAUCUCAGAGCUCUGAAGCAAAUACUUGAAUCUAUGGAGAAGACGCAGCGGUUGAUGGACGGAAGCAGAGAUAACAGAGCUCUGAUGCAGAGAACUCACCAGCCAGUUCCAGCUAGAACAUCUCCAGCCAUCAACUUUAAAACUUCAUCAGUCGUUGUCAUGAAGCCAGCAGCUCCAGUCUCCACCUCUUCGCUGCCACAGAACGCCGCCUUACCAAAUGUCAACGUUGGCAGCCCCAGACAAACUCGAAAAAAGCAGAACGCGAUGGAUUUAACCCCAAGGGCAGGCCUUUACAAGGGACAACUCGAUCCGGCGAAGAGCACAAGCCCAAAACCAUUAAGGUCGAGGCAAGCUUUGGCGGCAGAUUCUUGUUCAGGUAGGAGCCAGCAGCAAAGUGUUAGCCCAAGAACGCAGCCCAAAAAGCUCGGGCAGUCCCGGCCCACAACUCCAAAAUCAGAGCCAGGCAAGAUCCAAAGGCGGCUCGGUAGGCAGCAAAUGGAGUCAGCCUCACCAGGAAGGAAACAGGGGAUAAAAUCUCGCACUACUCUUCAGCAACCUGAUGACCGGUUAAGCGAUGCAAGCAGUGACUUGAGAAGUCUAAGAUCUGACCACAACAUUAGCUUGGGAUCGAAUGUUGACAUCGAGGUUACAAGCAGACAUCGGUUGGAGAGAAACUGUGACUCCCCAGAGCCAAAACAAAGGAGUCCAGACUUUGGAAUCAAACAAGACAGACCAUCUCUUAAACCUCUGAAAGUUACCGUUGAACAACCGAGCCCCGUUUCAGUUCUUGAUGCAGCCUUCGACGACGAGGAUUCACCGUCCCCUGUGAGGAAGAUUUCCCUAAGUUUCAGAGAGGACGAUGUUCUACGUUCUGAAGAAUCUGUGUGGAUAAACAAGCCCACGGGCGUCUGCAGAUCCAUACUAUUACCUGAGAAUAACAGGGGUCCAACGCAGCCAGACUCUGAUCUCCUCGAAUGCUUCCCUGAAGAAGAUGCAGACUUCAAAAGUGGCGACCACAAGUACAUCUCGGAGAUAUUGUUGGCAUCGGGGCUUCUAAGAGAUCUUGAAUACAGCAUGAUAAGCAUCCAGCUGAACCAAGCGCGUCUCCCCAUCAAUCCUGGACUGUUCUUCAUCCUAGAGCAGAACAAGGCGAAUCUACUGGACAACAAAAACAGAGGCAGAGGGUUCAGACAACAGCAGAAAAAUUCGACAGCGAAAAUCAGGAGAAAACUCGUCUUUGACACCGUUAACGAGAUUCUAGCUCAGAGGUUCACUGCAGAAGGCAAUACCAAACCGCGGUUAGCCGCAAACCCGCUUACAACAACGGAGAGAAUAUCAAAAGGGGAGCGACUUCUGCAGACUCUGUGUUGGGAGAUUGAUAGGUUACAAGAGAAGAGCUCAAAGUGUAUUAUGGAGGACGAGGAGGAAGUCAUCAUACGGGAGGACUUGCAAACUCAAGGCAUGAACUUGAAGGGGUUUGAAGGAGAGACUCCAGGCUUAGUGUUAGAUAUUGAGAGAAUGAUUUUCAGAGACUUGGUUAAUGAAGUUUGCUUCUAUUAAUUUUUAUUAUGAGUAUCACUUAGAAUUGUAAAUGAAGAAAACUUACAGAGGAGAACUUUGGUUCAUUCCUACUUGUCUGUGUAACCAGCAUAUAUAUAUACAGCUCUAAUUAAUAAAAAUGACAAGUGCUAAGAGCAUAUUGAUUGGUCAAUCAGAAUAAUAUGCGACCAGCAAAUGAAGCUAAAGGCCAAGCAAUCUUCUCUUUCUCCCAUCAUUUUGAAUUAGUAAAAAAAGUGACCCUAAAAGGUAACGUACUUCAAUUGCAAACGAUCACUAAACUCAGAAUGCAAAGUUGUUCAGUCAACAAAUUCUAAAAUGACAUCAAACCUAGUAUUUCACAUCUGAGUCGACAAUUCCGCGUUUGUCUUCGAAUUCUAGCUCCUUCUCCCUCUUGUCUUCACCUUCUUGAAACCACCCCUGUUCCUGGACGCUCCGGUUGAUUGCCAAACACGAAGGUCUCUUUAGAGCCCCAACCUUGAAACGUACCAAAGUUUGUUGUAGUCUUGCACCACCUUUCUUCUCUCCAUCCUCGGAUUCGGCUAACCUGUUCUUCUUGUUGAUCUCAUCCGAUGCCUCAAGAUAUGGGAUGUGACGGUUGUUGCUCAUAUGCUUAUCACGAACCUGGUCGAUGCUAACAACAUCAUUUGAAAGCUCCAAAGGGCGAAACACAGGUGAAACUUCCUUCUCCACGAAACGAAGAGGUGCGGUAAGAAACGGAUUACCUUCCACUUCUUCAUCUCCUUCUGUUGAUUUUCGAACAUCAUUUGGGGAUUUAAGAACUUCUACCCUACCACCAUUGAAAGAAUGCUGUAUACUCAACAAAGAUGACCCAUUUUCUUUAUUCGGAACCUCUUUUUCGAUUGUGCCUACAGUAGUUUCCUCGGAUCCAUUACACAAUUUGGUUUCGGGAAAUGCUGGAAGCCAAACAGGGAUGUGCUCAUCUGGAGGUUCUGCUCCAACCUCAGAGAAACUAGGAGCAGGUCUUUUCUCUUUGUUGAUUGGGAAACGAGGGAGAUAAUAAACAAACGGCACCUCCUCCGCUUCUCCUGUAUAACGAAUGAUAUCCUUGACUACACCGGAAUCAGCAAGACAACGGUCGGUGUCUGAAACACCAGCGAAACCCAAACCAGAUCCCAAAUCCUCUAGUGCCUGAACAAUGUCGAGAGAAUUACCCUCUACUCUACCGGCUAUGUUAGCAUACAAAUGAGCAGUCUUCCCAAUGCUCUGUAUAUACUGAACCGCUACAUCGGUUAGUGUUUCGAGAGCGCAUUCUUGAAACGAACUGAACCUAACGCCCUCGCGUGUCUGUGAUUCCUGGUACACAUUAAUCUCUGCACUCUCGCAAAUCUGAGCCACUGACAUUCUCGCUAUGGCGUACGCAAAAUCAUUGCCUUGAAAAAGCUUUCUCUUGCCGUGUACUUCUCUGCUCUGACUUCCACCUUCCCCAACUCCAUUGUUCAUAGGAUUUCAAAGUCUCUUACAACUUCACCCAACAUAACAUGUAGAACCAUUUCUUGAAUGAAAAACCAACACCACACGCAUCCCUCUGAGAAGCACAAAAUCAAUUCAUUUCCCACGAAGUUCUCUACUUUGACACCGGAGAAGAAGCUUUCUCCAUUGUAAAUCCCCCAAGGAACAAAUUCGCCGAGGAAGAAGGACGGACAAACUUCGUUAGCUACCGGCGGCGAACCCAGUGAGGAAAAACCCUAGCGAAGAAGUGAAAUUGAGGAAAUUUACAGAAGUACUAGGGAACGAAAAGGCGCAGAAUUUGGGGAUUCGAAUACGAUUUAAAACCUAGCUCGAAGUUAAACACUCUCGAUCCAAAGAGAAGGCGAGACGAAAAAGAGAUACAGAGAAAGAGAAAGAGAAAGAGUGGGAGAAGUGUUAGAUUUUGAGAGUUUCGUUAACUGAUAGAGGAGCAACGGAGUUUUAUAGAAACAAGAAUAAAGCUAAUCCUUUUUUCGUAAGAAGCCACCAUUCAUCUUUUUACUAAUCGGAUUAUUUUAUAGGUAACAUAGAGCGAUGAUGUCAACAAUUACUGCGGGAAACCCUGAAACGAAAUUUCUGUAAAUCCCAAAGUAAUGGGGCAUUUCCUUUAAUAGUUUAAAGUUAUGUGACAAUUCCUUAGAUACCCUAAAGUAGUGGGGCAUUUCCUUGAAUAGAUUAAUAAUAUGGGACAUUUCCUUAAAUACCCUGAAGUAAUUGAACAUUUCCGUAAAUCUCAGCAGUACUGGGCCAUUUCUUAAUAUACUACAAAAGUGUUGGGGCAUUUAAUUGAUAAUAUAAAGUUAUGGGACAAUCCUUAAAUAUCCUAAAGUAUUGAGGCAUUUCCGUAAAUAUCGGAAGUACUAGGGCAUUAUAUAAAAUAUUACGAAGUGUUGGGGCAUUUUCUUGAAUAGUAUAACGUUCAUGAACAUUUUCUUAAAUACCCGAAAGUAAUGGGGGCUUCUCCGUAAAUAACAGACGUACUGGGCAUUUC